GAAUAUAUCAUUAUGACACUUACGAGAAGAAUCGGGUUAUUUUGGAAUGGUAUUUUUAUCAUUAUCGUAGUAUUUAUAUGUACUUCAAGUGAAUUUUGGAGAGAAAAUAAUUCACCUUGUAAAAAUCUUGGGACAUUUUGUCGUAAAUUACCAUUUGGUCAAAGAUGCUGUGAUACAACAGUAUGUGAUUUGAAAGCACCCUUUUCUGGUACAUGUGUAAGAUGUUUAGAUAAAGGCAGAUUUUGUUUACGAAGUCGUGAAUGUUGCGAUAAUUAUUGCUUUUUCUUUAGAUGUCGUUAAUUGUAAUAAAGAAAUAACUUGUAAUUUGAUAAACAUACCAAGGUGUUCACGUAAAUACAUAUACAUUUCACCA